GUACCAACAAAAUUAGGUGAUAUGUCUACCUAAAGCGCCCAACCAGAGAGAUGGGAGGCCGGCGUGUCAGCCACGCACUUGGCGUCCCGAGCUGUCGGGACACCCAGAAUGUCUAUAUGGAAUAUAAGGUAUGAACCCCUUCUCUUGGGCAGAUGCCCAUCACACAACCUCAAACCACCCAAGGUAGUUUAGGUUUAAGUUCCCAAACGGAUCCCCGUUUUCACUGGACCAGCCAAAGGGGGGUAACUUUGACUACGAUCAUGUACACCCGCGCGCCAGAGUUGGGAUGGAUCGCCUAUGCUGCGCUCUACGGCGCCACUCUUCUGUCUGUUCCAGUCAUCUGGUUCAUCAGCUUGCGCCGGCGUCGCACAGGGCCGUACCACGUGCAGGUUGUCAAGUUCGCCCAUGUUCUCGUCAACGCAACACUACCCGUCUUCGCUAUAUCGAUCGCACUUGCCAUUGUGCUGCCCGGCAUCGAGAUUGCCAGAGCCUCGGCCCCAUAUCGGGGUACCCAUGGCAUAUGGAUAAAGCUCAGCAACGUCUCGAGGUACACAGGCCUCACAUCAUGGCUGCUCGGCACAGGGGCCGACAUUUGCCUUACUUGGGCCCUCGAUCUCGUUGUUCUUGCCCUUGUGUACUUGGCGUAUUAUGGGAGGGAGAAGUGGUGGAAGGAGUCGCGGCUUAUUGGAAUCUACGUCGCCAGCCUCUUCCACAUCGUCGCCCUUGUCUACUACGCAGUGAAGAUUCACCACGCCAGGAUGGAUCAGACGGCUAAACCCGCCUGGCAAUGGCUGCCACGUUUGUUGUUGCUUGCGUUGUUCAAAUCGGCCAUUGGACUCGUGAUAGCGGCAAUCGCUUUAUGGCGGAAGUUCAAGAAGAACCCUCAUCUGAAAGUCGGCAAGAUCCCCGCCCUCUUCCUGUCCGCUUCCGUCAUUUGGCUCUUCCGAUGGACCUUUGUAUUCGCCCUAGAGAUCAGGUGUAUCGUUCCGAACUGGACCUCUGAGGAGAUCCAAGCUCAGAAUAUUCUGGGUCCGGUAUUCGGCUCCUGGACCACGGCGGCAGUUUUUGGUCUCCUCGUUGCAAUCCUCCGUCACGAAUUGUGGUCCAAUCGGAUCGAUAAUCCGGAGUCCAGCGUACCAGACUGCACCGUUCAGUCUUCUUUCUGCUAGAGGGAGCUCAGCAGAAAGCACUGCAUUGGGAGUGAACUCGG